AGACCUCAAACCGGAAAACCUCCUUCUGGACGGCACUAAUAGCAAUAUCAAGAUUGGUGACUUCGGCCUCUCUAAUAAGAUGUGUGAUGGUGAAUAUCUGAAGACUUCCUGUGGAAGCCCGAACUACGCAUCUCCUGAAGUUGUUUCCGGAAGGUUUUAUGUCGGACCUGAGGUUGACGUCUGGUCGUUGGGAGUUGUACUAUAUGCAUUGCUGUGCGGGUCACUGCCUUUUGAUGACGAGAAUGUGCCUAACCUAUUUAGGAAGAUUAAACAUGGCAAUUUUACUCUACCUGGGCAUCUUUCGGCCGAUGCAAAAGAUCUCAUUGUGAGUGUGAUA